AUGGCCGCUGCUGCAAUGGCCGGUUGUGGAGACUUUGAAGUUUUCAUCAGACAGCAGUGGUACAAAGUGAAUAUAACCCUAAAUGACGAUUCACUGUCACUGUCACUAGUCGAGGGAGCUGAGCAGCCAGCUUUGCUAAAUGGAAAUGGUGAACAUCGAGUAGGAAUCGUCAAUGGCUAUCCAGACUUGCCUGACAGUAUUGCCGGUCAGAAAAGAGUUGUCAAAGUUCAGAAGGAAGAACAAAAUGGUUUGGGUGUCAGUAUUAAAGGAGGAAGGGAAAAUAAGAUGCCAAUUCUAAUUAGUAAAAUAUUUAAAGGGAUGGCAGCAGAUAAAACUGAGAAACUGUAUGUUGGGGAUGCUAUUUUGAGUGUCAAUGGUGAAGAUUUGAGAGAAGCUACCCAUGAUGAAGCUGUCAGAGCCUUGAAAAAGGCUGGAAAAGUGGUGGAACUUGAAGUGAAAUAUCUUAGAGAAGUGACACCAUAUUUCCGAAAGAGCUCUCCACUAAAUGACAUAGGAUGGGGGUCACAAGAAGCACCCAAAGAUGGUUCUAAGUCCAGUUUAAUAGAAUACAAGUUGCUGCCACUCAAACUUUGUUUUUCAUGUCGAAACUUGACAAUGCCAGACCCUGAUAAAAGAACUUUAGAAAUUCAUUCUCCUGAUGGUAAAAGUUCUUGUAUUCUGAGAUUUCCUGAUGCAAAUAUAUGUACAGAAUGGUUUAACACCAUACAUGGGACCAUCUCUAUGCUGUCACAACAUGCAAUAGCUGAAGCCAAUCAAAUAAUCAGUUCCUCACCAAAUCAGACACAAAUUCAUCACAUGGGUUGGCUUGCUGAACAGUUACAAAAUGAACAGGGUGCCUCAUCCUGGAAACCUGUAUGUAUAGCUUUAAGUGAUACAGAUAUGUUACUGUAUGAUACAGCUCCUAGUAGUAAAGAGGAGUGGGCUACACCUUUCCAAAGUCAUCCAUUACUUGCAACAAGAUUGGUUCACUCGGGAAAGCAGAUGAGUAAUGGUCAUGACGUCAUGUCAUUUGGAACUAGGUCUGGGACCAGAAAUGGUGUUGAAACACAUGUAUUUAGAGUAGAAACACAAAGAGAUCUAGCAUAUUGGUCUAGAGCAUUGGUGCAAGGUUCACAUGGUGCUGCUGUAUUGACUAAAGAAGUUAUUACCCCUGUAAUCUGGCAAGGAAAGAAAGCUAAGUUGGUUAUUAAUUAUGAAAGUGGGUUUACCUUGAUAGAAGAUAAAAAUGGUGGCACAACAUUUUGGAAUUUCCCGUUUGAGAAAUUAAAAAUGUCAGCUGAUGAUGGGCACAGACUAUUAUGGUUAGAUUUUGUAGAUGAUAGUGAACAGGAGUUAGAUUUAAACAUGUGUCCAAAACCACUAGUCUUUAGUCUUCAUACUUUCCUCUCAGCUAAAGUUAGUCGACUUGGCUUGAUAGCCUAGAUUAGCUGGAUAGCUCUGACCAUGGUUUAAAACCUUAUAAUGUCCACAAUAAUAAACCUUCCUUAGAUCUUGUGAAAUGGAUUAUAUAUCCACCUAUAUAUUCACCAGUUUGUGAGUACUAUUGAUAUGAUUGAUUCAUUAUAUUGCCCAUCUUUCUGUUCUGGGGAACAAUUUCAAGUAGGCAAGAAGUUGGUUGUGAUCAUGCAAAAUCAUAGUGAUAAUGAUAAACCGUACCAUAUUAGCAUGAACUUUUUCUGAUUUCUCAAAGUAAAAUUCCACACAAAUUUAUAUCGAUUUUGAGGAUUUUUGAGGAACAGAGGCCCUAAACUUUUGAGAU